AUGGGUACUCCAGUUGGUCCUCCGAAAAUCAGCCUGGGUGAUAAGAUAAAGGAUCAGUUUCUGGUAAAAAAAAAACUUGGCGAAGGUUCAUGUGGCAUGGUAUAUCAAGUAUUGAAUAUAAAGGAUUCUAAGAGAUCCGCAAUGAAAGUAGAACCGUUUAUGAAGUCAAAAGAUGACGAGAUUUUAAAAAUGGAAGUAUUUGUAUUGAAAAAAAUGCAACGAUCAAAACAUGUUUGUCGAUUAUUAGCUGCUGGCAAAACAGCAUCUUAUAGUUUUUUGAUAAUGUCACUGUUAGGAAAAGAAUUAUCAGAUAUCAGAAGGCGAUUGCCAGAUCGAAAAAUGUCAACUGUUAAUGUUUUAAAAAUUGGAAUACAAUCCACAGAAGCAAUUUACGAUUUGCACAAAAUCGGUUUCGUUCAUCGCGAUAUAAAACCAUCAAAUUUCGCUAUAGGUCGAGAAGAUAAAAUAAAUACAGUUUUUAUGUUUGAUUUCGGUCUUGCUCGACAGAUUAUGUUUCCUGACAAAACUGGAAAGUUAAAAUUGCGCGAACCAAGAAAGAAGGUAUCAUUCAGAGGAACUGUACGUUACUGCUCUAUAAAUGUUCAUCGCUACAAAGAACAAGGACGACACGAUGAUUUGUGGAGCAUGUUUUAUAUGUUAAUUGAAUUAAUCUCAGCGACGCUGCCUUGGAAAGGUAUGGCUCGGAGAGACAGUGGUCAUACAAAAGAAACAGUUAACGAUCGAAUAUUACUGUCAGGAUGUCCGGAUUGCUUUUCCGAAAUAAACAAUCAUUUAAAAAGUCUAACUUAUGCUGAUGUGCCACAUUACGAGAUGUUCCGAACAAAAUUUAUUAAAGAACUCAGCAAAUUGAAAGCAAAACCGACCGACGCAUUUGAGUGGAACGACAGAGGUGCCUUGAAGUCAGAUGCAGUUACUCCUCACGACAACGAGAAAGAUGUUAAAGCCGAAAUCGACAAAAUGGAAGACACGGACACAAAUCGCGUUGUUGAUGAGUCCGUGGAAUCCGCAGCGUCAAGUGGUCAAUCAGAAGCAAGCAAUUUCGCUCCGGAAAAUACGCUAGAAAUUUUGGAACAGAAGCAAACAAAUAAAUAA